AGUUCAACCGUCAAUUGCUUAACAUUGGCAAUUAACCCAGGUUGUAACUUUUGUUUUUAUUGCCUCGCUUUACUGCUGCUGCUGCUUGAAGUUCAGGUUCAAGUUCAAGAAGGCCAGCCUAAACAAACAGAAAAACAUCACUUUGGAAGAAUAAAAGGGCAUUUGGGUUCCUUGAAGGCUUGACCCCCAACUCUGCAGUCUGCCCGUUCUCUAUCCUUUAGAAAACCACUCAAGGACAUGUUCGAUUGUUUGCCAAGUACAUGCUGAACGUGCUAACUCAUCCUUAUCAUACCCUUUUCUCGUUAACUUCCAGAAUCUGCCUAGCUGUCCUCCAAAUUCUCAUUCCAGUAACAACUCACAGUUCAUUGGUCAAAUCAUGGAUUGAGGCUUAAGCGGCCGGAAUGUAGCAUGGCUUUCUCUUUUUUUGCCUUUUAUCUUUCAAAAAAGUUCAGAAGUUUUUUGCAUGGCAUUUCUUGGAGUAUCAAUCAUGUAUUUACGUGUAUGGCAGGUUUAUGUCUUUUCUGUAUAUGAUGAACUCCGCUAAAUAUUUCCCAUUCUCCCUAGGUGGAAAUUGCAACAUUGGAUCAACGUGAAAUGUUCUGCUUGAGCGAGAUUGAGCACACGUUGCGAUUGCCUCCCCAUCUCCUUAAUCUUCCUCUUGCCGAAGCAAUUAAGGGAGAACUCGAAGGUCUGUUUCUAGACAAGGUUAUUGCAAAAUUGGGGCUUUGUAUAUCUGUGUACGAUAUUAGGUCAAUUGAUGGCGGCUUUAUCUUUCCGGGAGAUGGCGCUUCAACUUAUACGGUGAGGUUCAGACUGCUAAUGUUUCGCCCCUUUCUAGGAGAGGUUAUUUCCGCAAGACUUAAAGAGUCUUCCUCCACCGGUUUACGCUUAUCACUUGGAUUUUUUGAUGACAUAUACAUACCUAGAGCUUUGUUACCAAGUCCCUCACAUGAUGAGCCUGAUCCAGAAGAUAAGAACCAGGUCAGGUGGAUAUGGGAGUUUAAUGAACAAAAUUACCCUAUCGAUGGCAUGGAUGAGAUUAGAUUCCGGGUUCACAGCAUUCAGUAUCCUUCACUACCACUGGAGCAAGAUGAUGGUUCAAAACCUUUCGCCCCUAUGCUGAUCACUGUAAGGAAGCCAUUCAACUUGGAUUUUUCUAUUACGGAUUUCAUGCUGGGAUCACUUGAUGCUGAUGGUUUGGGUCCCAUUGCAUGGUGGGUUUAACAUGCUCUGGGGUGGUGAUCUUUUAUUGUUAGAAGAAGUUAACACAGUCAGUUGAUUACUCAAGCAGCAAGCAUGACCCUUCUUAUAUCUCUACAUGAGGACAUUGAACAAGAGUGCUUUCGUAGACCUUUUUAAUCUCUUGUCAUGACAGUCCUUUACAGCUGUCUGUCCAGUUUUCCCUUGUAUUUGGGGUUUGUGUUAGGCUCGAGGGAAAGAUUACUUGCAUUCAUAAUUGGUUGCAAUUCGUUGAGGCAGGAAAAGCAAGAUAAUAUAUCGUUUACUACAGAAACUCUUAACCAGAAGUUCGUAUGUUAAUUGUAAACUAUGGGAUUAUAUUUCGCGUUGCUGUAAGUGGUUUGAUUUUGAUCACUAGUUCUGGUUCAUUUCAC